GAAAGUAAGAUAAUUCGGGAACUUGUGCUUCCAGCUAGAUUAACAUGUCGGACACGAGACGUCGUCGAAAGUCUAAUCAAUCGUGUGGUUCCGAUGACCUCUCGGACUCUGGCGAGGAGUUGAACGCAACGAAGGAGACCCAGAGCAGCGAACAAACCAGUGGGCACCAGGAUUCAGAGUGUGACGUAUAUCCAUCUGAUUCUGAUGUUGAAUCUCAGGAUGGUGCAUCCCAAGAUGGUGCAUCUCAAGAUGGUGCGCUAAGGGAGAGUGGAGAUGGCCAGGAAGAAGAGAAACCUCAAAAGAAGUUAGAUGAUGAUGAAGAUAGAAGGAAUCCACAGUACAUUCCUAAAAAAGGAACAUUUUAUGAGCACGAUGAUCGAACUGCAGAUGAAGUUACAGAUAAUAAUGCAGAGCCACCAAAUGAGAGGGAAACCAAAGAAAAGAAAGUAUGGAAAGAUAAAGAAGACAGAUGGGAUCAUGAUCGAUAUAACGAUGAAGAGCAAGCACCAAAGAGUCAUGAAGAGUUGAUAGCAGUUUAUGGAUAUGAUAUAAGGAACGAGGAAGGCCCACCCAGAGCUCGAAGAAGAAGAAGAUAUGGCCGUGGUCCUAAUAAAUAUACACGUAAUUGGGAAGAUGAAGAUGCGUAUGGAAAACCAGGGACUAAUGUUACCACCAGAAAUAAACGGUUUAAUAGAAGCGGUGAAGAUUUUCCUGCUCUAGGAACUAAUAAGAACGCUUCCCCACAAGUAGAAGAACCAGUAAUUUCAUCAGCUUGGUACAGUAGUAAAAACAAAUCCCAGAAUAAAGUACAAAACUUUCCACCCUUGCAAAGUCAGGGUGAUAGUCCAAAUACAAAAUCUAGCAGUACAUCUAAUGCUCACACAAAUGAAAAUAAAGCUCCUAAUGAGCCUACAAAUCCAGCCUGGAAGAAGGACACAAAGAAUUCGUCGCAUACUCAAAGCAGCAAUGGAAAUACUGGAGCAGGUGGUGAUGCAGAUCAGUUGGUUAAUGCAAAAACGUCUCCAAGAGAUAAUAACAAGAGGAACGUCCAAGAGUCUGUAAGCUUGGCAGCUAGUAGAACUCGGGGGCGAGGAUUCAGGACGAGCGUUAAUAACAAUAUGGUCACCAAUAGAACGGUUGAGACUAAACCAAAGGGACGUGGAGCGGGCCCAAUCACCGCUGAGAAUAAAAGAAAUAGUACUAUACAGAACGACGAUGAACAGCAAAUUACGCACGAUAUGAAACAUAUUAGCGUUAAUGAUGGUACACAGUAUCACCAAAGUGGAAGACACAACAAGAACUUUUAUGGACAGUCGUCUAACCAACAGAGAUCGAGCACAGUACCUCCAAGAAUGCAGCAACAGCAGUCUCAUACACAGCAACAGCAACAAUCGCCGCAACAACAAUCGAUUCAACAGCAGCAAGACGGUGCUGCUAACAGACCGAAACGAUACUCCAGUUUACGGCAACGCCCUACCGUGUCUGAGACUCCGGGACAACAGAAUUACACACCACAACACACACAGCACGGGCAACACAAUCAACAUAAUCAACAUAAUCAACACAAUCAACAUGGAUAUUUCCCUCCUCAAGCUGGAAAUUCAAGAGGUGUUUUAGAGUCGCAAGGAUAUCCACAAGGUCAUUUCGAACAACCCGCGCCUGUUGCUGCCGCAGCCGCUCCCAUAGCUGCACAACCUGUUAUUCCUUUGCCACCCAAUGGUCAACCUGCUAGCUAUGCUCCACCACCGUUUUUGGUACCGCCACCGCAGUUUAUUUCUCCUCAGACGGCUCCACCUAGUAUAAUUAAUUAUGUUUCCGGUCCGAACGGACCAGCAUUUCAACCAAAUUAUCAAGGUUAUCAAGGAUACAGUCCACCGGUGCAGCCACAACGUCCCCCACCACCGCAAGAAUUGUUUCAACCGCAAGGUUGUACUUACUACAGUCCAGCACAGCAACAACAACAGCAACAGCAGUCGGCUCCAAUGAGACGGCCCAAGGCUGCUAUUCCAAUUCUCCCACCACCGGACAAUCAACAUCAGAGUAGUAGAGGGAGAGGUAGAAGCAUGCAGCAACAACAAAUGAAUCAACCCGGUAAUAUGCAACAAACUGACCAAGAGGUCAAAGAUAAUUUGGUGCAAGACGAACAAAAAACUAUAUCGGAGCAGUUUGAUAGUACGUUGAUCGACGAACAGACUGUGCAACUUGAAGAAACGGAGAAAAAUGAAGAUUUAAGUGCAAUAACGAAUACUGUGAUCGAAGACGAAAGAAAAAAUGUUACAGACGUUGAUAUCGAUACAAUCGUGGACUCGCAAGUUGUUACGUCGGAUCCAAUAAAAGAAAUAUACGCUAACGAUUCGAUGAAGGUUACUAUAGAUGAUCAAAAUAUUAUUCCUCCUAAAUCUUUGCAUACAGUCAUGGAAAAGACUGAGAAAGAUUCAAGCGUAACUGAAAUUGCUACGCCUGAAAGCACAGUUGUGGAAGAAGCAGCAGCUUGAAAGGAUGUCGCACAGGUUUUAAUACUUUUUGCAAAAGACGUAAUUGUGAAUCUUUGUGAGCACGAGUACGCAUUACAUUAUAACGAUGCCGUGUAAUAUUAAUGAAAUUACUAUACAGUACGUGUAGUGAAUUGGUUUUCACAGGUUGCUUGCGAAACACCGUAGGAAUUGGAUGUGUGGGUGUCUACUACAUAUGUAUUUUGAAUGAUUUUAUGUAAUUCCAGCAUAUUGUUGUAUAUUUCGUAGUUUACAUUUGGAAUAAUGUUUCGCUACGAAUUCUAUCGACUUGCUGCUACUAUUACAUCCUUUAAUAUUGUUAAAUUACUUUCAUUUAUGAAGUCUACUAAUAAUCAAUUAUUAGUGGAGAGGACUAGUGUUGAAUGUAUUAUUAUAUGUAUAUCGAGUAUUAACGCAUACAGCAUCUAUGGUGAGAUGGUUAAUAAAUCGAUAUAUCUUUUCAAUACAACGGCUAUUGUAAAUAGAUUGUAGUCAGGUCAGUAACCUCAAUAUGCAUUAUGUCUUGUGUACAAACACGUUUGUACUGCGAUUUGUUGAUUAAAUAAUCACUACGUAAUCUUACUUCUGUUCCGAUAGCGAAGGAACAUCUUUUAUUUGCAUGCACUGCAAAGAAAAUGGUAAUUAUUAUAAUUUAGCUUAUCAACAAACUGUAGUUAAGGCUAAUUACUAAUCUUGUCAUUGAUUACAUCUAUCGAACUCUUGGUAACAAAUGCGAGAACUUGAAAUCAUGUUCAACUCUUUCUUCUUUUUUUAUACUACGCUUACGACAAUAUGCUUUGUUGCUGGCAAGGUGGAAUGGAAUGAUAAUAUAUUGAUAAGAAGUUUUUUCA